AUGAAACAAAAAUGUAUAAUUAUUGGUAGUAAAUUUGAGAUAAUGCUUAGAAAAAAUUAAUAGAUCAUAAGUAUCUUUGGUAAAUUAUAAUUCAGCAAUAUAAAAAAAAAAUUCAGAAGAUUCAAGGUAUUAUUCUAAUAAAGGUAUAUUCAAAAUGGAUGAUAAUUUAGCUAUUACAUUAAAUAAAAUGAACAGACUAGAAGAAGCUUUGGAAAAUUAUGAUUCAGCAAUAUAAAAAAAUCUGGAAGAUUCAACGUAAUAUUUUAAUAAAGGUAUUAUUCGAAAUGGAUGAUAUUUUAGCAAAUACAUUAUAUAAAAUGAACAGAUUUAAAGAAGCUUUGGAAAAUUAUGAUUCAGCAAUAUAAAAAAAUCCGGAAGAUUCAAGGUAUUAUUCUAAUAAAGGUAUUAUUCAAAAUGGAUGAUAUUUUAGCUAUUACAUUAGAUUAAAUGAACAGAUUUGAAGAAGCUUUGGAAAAUUAUGAUUCAGCAAUAUAAAAAAAUCCGGAAAAUUCAAGGUAUUAUAAUGGCAAAGGUAUAAUUCAAAAUGGAUGAUAUUUUAGCUAUUACAUUAAAAAAAAUGAACAGACUAGAAGAAGCUUUGGAAAAUUAUGAUUCAGCAAUAUAAAAAAAUCCGGAAGAUUCAA